AUGCUGAGAUCAGCCACUGUGCUUUGCCAACCACUCGCUAAUGAGUGGAGCGUCCUCGAUUAUAUUACCGUCGGGCAGGUCCCCGCGCCACGGAGCGGGUGCCUCGUCCCAAAGUCCUCUCUCUUUAUCGCUUUAUACGCUUUCGCAGCCCGGAGCGCGGACGAGCUGAGCGUUAGCGCAGGGGACAAGCUGCGUGUCCUCAAGGAAGAGGGCGAGUAUGUCUCAGCCAGGAGGCUGCGGGGGGAACCGGCCACGGGUUACGUUCCUGCGACGUACGUGGCCAGUCUGAGCCAGGGAACCUCUGCUCGCCGGCCCUGGUAUUUCGGCAAGCCCAGCCGCAGCGAAGCCGAGCGGCUCCUCCUCUCGCCUCCCAACCAGCACGGCUCCUUCCUCGUGCGGGAGGAGAAGGACCGGGUGCGAAAAGAAGAUGAAAGUCACUCGAUAUUUACUCAUCCGGUGCCACUUGAGAGAGACGGAUGGGAGCGCCCGCGCUGGGAAUUCACCCUGAGGAGGAAGUUGGGCGAAGGCUACUUUGGAGAGGUGUGGGAAGGACUGUGGAGGAACACGGUGCCGGUGGCUAUCAAGAUCAUAAAAGCUGACAUGAAGGCAGAAGAUUUCACCAAGGAGAUUCAGAACCUGAAGCGCCUGAGGCAUGAGAAGCUAAUCCAGCUCCAUGCCGUGUGCUCGGUGGACGAGCCAGUGUACAUCAUCACCGAACUCAUGCGGAAAGGCAACCUCCACAGCUACCUCAACAGUCCUGAAGGGAACUCCCUGGGCACCUCCCACCUGGUCAACAUUGCCUGCCAAGUGGCAGAUGGGAUGAGGUACCUGGAAGAGAAGCACAUUGUUCACUGGGACUUGGCAGCCAGAAACAUCCUGGUGGGAGAUGAACUCACCUGCAAAAUCGCUGAUUUUGGACUCGCCCGGCUCCUCAAGGAUGAUAUUUAUUCCACCAGCAGCAGCACAAAAAUCCCAGUGAAGUGGACAGCCCCGGAGGCAGCAAACUACCAUACCUACUCCUUGAAGUCCGAUGUUUGGUCCUAUGGGAUUCUCCUCUACGAAGUCUUCACAUAUGGGCGGAUCCCAUAUGAAGGAACGACAAACCAGGAAACCAUACGGCAAAUCACCAGGGGCUACCGUCUUCCCCGGCCGAGCACCUGCCCUCCCGAGAUCUACGUCAUCAUGCUGGAGUGCUGGAACGGCAACACGGAGGCACGGCCCACCUUCUGCACACUGCGCGAGAGACUCGGCUUCAUCUACAGACGGGUGCUCGGGUCUCUGUCCUGA